AUGAUAAACCAAGAAAAUUUUUAUACUGCCAUGGGACCAACAAUCAAAGUUGCUCAAUAUUUUGGAAUUCUUCCAAUUACUGGAGUCUUGAAACAAUCACCAAGGUUGAUAUCAGCCAAUGUAUUUUUUGGAAAUGCAAUCAUGAGUCUCAUACUUUUUCUUCGAUUUUCACCAAAAUGGAUAAAACUUCUAAAAAAAUGGGAAGAAAUGGAAAAUAUUUUAAACAGUUUCGAUAUAUCAACUGGACUUGCUGAUAGAUAUGCAUGGUUAAACAAGAGUAUAAAAAAUUCAUCAAGACGAAAAUUUCAAGUUCUUUACUGGUAUCAGAUCAGAAAAAAUUACGCAAUACUCAGUGAUCUUGUUAAACAAACAAAUGAUGAUUUAUCAGCUUUAAUAUUUUUGUCAUAUUACACAAAUUUGUACUUUAUUUGUCUUCAACUAUUUCAAGGAAUAACAAUUCAAAGGAACGGAGGAUUGAAUAAAAUUUAUUUUUUUGUAUCGUUUUGCUAUCUCAUCAGUAGAACAAUUGCAGUUACAAUUUCAGCAUCAAGAAUUAACGUUGAGAGUAAAGUGGUUCUACCGAAUAUUUAUUCUUGUCCAUCAUCAGCAUUUACUAAUGAGACAAAACGACUUCAACAUCAAAUAUCAACUGAUGAUGUUGUCCUCACAGGAAUGAAUUUUUUUUCUAUAACUCGUAAUUUUAUGCUAGUUACUGCUGGUGUUAUUGUUACAUACGAAGUUGUCCUGCUGCAAUUAAUUGUCACAACCAAUAAGUAA